AUGAUGGCAGUGAUAAAUGUGUGGGGUUUUAUUUUGCUGACUCUCAGCUUCUGGAACUGCGCAGCUGCAUGCACCUGGAUGAAGACGCAGAACAGAGCAUCUCUUAGCAGCUUCCAGGUUUUAAGCAACAGCUCGAUUUCUCAACUUGAACAGGCGUGCAAAGAUUCUGUGCAUGGCCAUGACAAACUCAGCGUGGAAUUUCCACACAAACAGUACAACCGCAUAGUCCAACUACAGGCAAAGGAUCACAUAUUGUUCAUUUUGCGGACUCUGAAGAACAUCAUGAGGCUCUACAGGAAAUAUGAGAAGGCGGACUGCGACCAACAUAAACUGCAGAUCUUCCUGCUUGAUGUGGACCGUCAGAUUUUGGAGCUGGAGCGAUGUGCAAACAAUAUCGUAGAAGAGAAUAUACCGAAGAGAAUAUCUAAAAAGAUGGAAACGCACUUCAGAAGUCUGAUUUCUCACCUUAAAAGCACGGAUUACAGUGCAGAGGGCUGGAAUGAGAUUACAGGAGUGGUGCUGAAACACCUUAGAAGACUCGACUUACUGGCCACCAAAACUAAAAGAGACCUUCAUGAUUAA